AUGCCCUACCUCAGUCCACGUAAGGCCGCUGAAACGAAAAAGAGCACCAUGGAUGAAGAGCGGGCCAAUUUGAACAGGCGGGCCGAAAGCAUCGAGGACAAAAACACCAGAAUCAAGGCGCUACUGGAGGAGGCCGAAGUCCUUGCGCAGGAUAUGCUGUCCACCCUUGAGGCUCAUAGAAAGAGACUGGAGGAAGCGGAUGAGAAGAUGGAUAAGGUGACUUGA